CCCGAUUUGGAUGGUUAGACCAUCUGGUUAUCAACGAAUUAACCCGAUUCUAACUUUUCCAGAAUCGUCCAACCGUAAUGUAUUUCAACCAUUUCAAUAGGCGAUUUUGGUUGGACCCUAUUAAACCGGCAGGCCGGUUACAGGUUUGACAACCUUGCUGCUUGCCCAAUGCCCACUGCCAUUCUUGGUUUGAACUUUUAACCUGUUUAAUAGUUCACCGGAAACCAAAACCGAGUUUGGGGUGGAAAAAAGGGAAACCAAAACCGAGUAAGCCAAGUAGCCAACCCUUGCUCACAUUCGCAUCAUCGCAUGAUCCCAUCUCUGUUAACUGUUAAGGGUUCAAUUUCCUUCUAGGGUUUAAGAAAACUCGCUGUGCCGCCCCUUAAACCCUUGCCCCUGAAAUUCUUUCUCUUGCUCCGGAUAUUUACAGCUUUUCCAUUUUCAAGCGAGGCCAACACUUAAACCCUUGACAGAGAUUACUUCGAAUUCCGUCAAUAGAAAUGAAUCGAGCGAGGCUAAUUCUUUCGGCCGUCAAGUUCUCCAGGAUUGCCUUUUCUACUAGACUCCCUCCUGCUCCGCCGGUGCCCCUGCUAUCUCAGGUAACCAGUUUCUCUCAUAUUUCUCAGUCCAAGUCUCACUCUUUCAACGCCAAUCAAAGGUGCUGCUUCUCCUCCUCGCCGAACUCUGUGGUAGAGCUACUGUUAGGAAAUGAUUGGUCGACGGAGCUGUCGAACCAGUUGGAGAAUACCCCUUUCCUGAUUACCCAUGAGACGGUUGUUUAUAUCUUGAGGAAACUGGACCACGCGCCAGACAAGGCAUGGGGUUUUUACAAUUGGGUCACAACGAGAGAUGGGUUUGUACCAAGCUCCUCGCUUUAUAGCUUGCUGCUCAGAAUAUUUGCUGAUAAGGAUUCCAUGAAGAAGUUUUGGAUCACUCUAAGGAAAAUGAAGGAGCAAGGAUUUUGUUUGGAUGAGGAGACUUACACUACGCUUUGGAGGCUGUUUAAGAAGGAUCAAAUGCAGAGUGAUGCUGUGGCGUUGAAACAAUUUUAUGACAGGAUGAUUCAAGAAAAUGCUAUGGAUGGUGUGGUGAAGAAGGUGGCUGGCGUUAUUCUGGAAGCAGAGUGGGGUGAUGAGGUUAUGAAAAGGUUGGAGGAUAUGAAGAUUGUGUUGUCCGAUAAUUUCGUGAUAAGAGUGUUGAGGGAGCUUAAGAACCGUCCCUUCAAAGCUCUGAGCUUUUUCCACUGGGUUGCUACGUGUGAGGGUUAUAAGCACAGCACUGUCACUUACAAUGCAAUGGCAAGGGUUCUUGGCAAGGAAGAUACAAUGGGGGAAUUCUGGAUCAUUGUUGAGGAGAUGAAGAGUGCUGGUUAUUAUAUUGACAUUGAUAGUUAUAUAAAGAUCUCAAGGCAUUUCCAUAAGUAUAAAAUGAAUGAGGAGUCAGUAAAGUUUUAUGAGUUCAUGAUGGAUAGUCCGUUUAAACCCUCUACUCAAGACUGUAGUUUACUGCUUAGAAACAUGUCUGCAAGUCAUAAGCUGGAUCUGAGCUUAGUUUUCAGGGUUGUGAAGAAGUAUGAGGCAACUGGGAAUGUUCUCUCGAAAGCUAUAUAUGAUGGGCUGCAUAGGUCACUUGUGAAUGCAGGAAGCUUUGCUGAAGCAGACAAGAUUUUGAAUGCUAUGAGGGAUGCAGGAUGUGAGCCAGAUAAUAUCACCUACAGCCAGUUGGUUUUUGGUCUUUGCAAAGCAGGACGAUUUGAAGAAGCUUCUAAAGUCUUGGAUGAUAUGGAAGCAAAUGGAUGUCCACCGGAUAUCAAGACCUGGACUAUUUUAAUUCAGGGCCACUGUAAUGCUGGGCAACUUGAAAAGGCACUAAUGUGCUUUGGUACAAUGAUGAGAAAAGAUGGUAAUGCUGAUGCUGAUUUGGUGGAUGUUUUGGUGAAGGGCUUUGUUGAUCAAAAGAAGAUCGAUGGUGGAUACACAUUCCUUGUUGAGAUGAUCAAUAAUACUCAUGUGAGACCUUGGCAAGCUACCUAUAAACAUAUUAUAGAAAGCCUCUUAGGAGCAAGCAAACUUGAAGAGUCCAUGAAUGUCCUUCGUUUGAUGAGACAGCACAACUACCCUCCGUAUCCCGAGCCUAUCGUUCAAUACAUAUCCAAGUAUGGGACAGUGCUAGAUGCUGCAGAUCUCCUUCAGGCAUUGAGUAGUAAACAGUAUCCAUCACUGGCAGCUUAUAAAAAUGUUUUUGAAGCUUUCUUCAAGGAGGGAAGACAUUCUGAGGCACAGGAUCUGCUUUACAAAUGUCCUUAUCAUGUCCGCGAGCAUUAUCAAAUUGGUAAGCUGUUUGGCUCAGCAAAGAAUGGCGAAGCUGCAACCUUAGCCAAUAAAACUGUCACGUAAUUGGGUUUUCUUGUCCAAGUUGUCGAGUCUUGUUGAAACACAGUAGUGGGUGGUUGUUUCAUAUAGGUGAAGAAUUUCAAUAUAUGAUUGCCUAUCCAUUUUCUCGCUUGAGAAAUGGGAAUUUAGCCUUGAGAACUUGUUAUUACAGUGCUUUGGAAUUCAUCAACCAAUUAUUUACUUGGUGCAUUCCAGUUUUGAUUUAGCAAUAUUACUAGGUUGCUUUGUAGAUUCUGGUCUUGUGUCGUCUCUUUGUUGCUGUCCAUGUUCCCUCAGGUUAGUUACUUCUAGCAGCCGCCCAUCUAGGUAGGAUUUGGUUGCCAUGAAAAAGCUUCCUUUCAAGUUCAAAGGAAAUCUCUACCCCAAGAUUGCUUGAGCAAGUGUUCCAAACUUGUUUUGGGACUAGUGUCUACCUGCUUGGAGGAAGGUGUCCUGAGGAAAGUUCCAUCCUAGAUCGAUAUACCAAUCCUGCAGAAUGGACGCCUAUAUACAGGACCGAUAUACCUUACAGCUAGCUAACUAUCUACGCCAGUACAUUAUCACUCCCAGUGAUUCUUGGCUACUCCUGACGUCGAUUCUCUGAAAGAUCCCUUACUCCCGCCAUGUCUGUGCACUGUCAUGUCUGCAAGUUCCACGGGCCAUAAGGUUGUCUAUGCUAUAACGAACUCCCUUUAUUCAAGUUGAGUUGUACAACAUGACUAUAAUUGGUUUAUGUUCAGUCUUCCGUAUCCACUAGCUCUUAGAUGCAUUAGAAGCAGAUCUCUUUCUGGUUGUCGUAGGUUGGUAUACAGAUCAAGGGACAGAUACUAGAGCUAAAGAAAAUGCAGCACCCUGCAGAUCUCUUUCUGGUUUGUUUGAUAUCCAUUUCAUGUUGUAAUGACUAUCAUUGCCAGUUACAUGAGCAUCUUGUCUCAUACAUGUGCAGACUUCUUGUAUCAUAUACAUGCAAGAUUAAAGUCCGGUCCGUUGA